UGUGCGGUAUGGCCUAUGAACUUUCUGUUGUUUUCACCUUCUCUUCCCUGAAUAGCGAAUGCAUAAUCUUCCUCUCAAUCUCGUUGCGAACCCCCGAAUAUCGCGAGCGGACUGCCGCGUAACUCGCCGAUGUAUACUACGUUCCGACUCUGGGGGAGACGACUGUGGCAUGUUUCAGUCACACAUAUAUGAGAGACUACGUCCCUCCCCAAAGAGCAUCAACUAUCAAAGCAAGUCUCUGAUAGAACCCGAUACUUCUAAACCAUGGCCCCAGCAAAGACCGUCUCCGCCAACGAUGUGCCCAUGCAUGGCAAUGGGUUCUACAGCCCCAACUCGGCGCUGCAGCGCUCUGCCAUGCUCAGCGCCUUGCCGCUGCUUGCGUUUGCCGCAGCAGGCGCAGCGCAAGCCGGCCAAAGCCAGCGACCAUUCACUGCGCUCGAGUUUGGGUCUGCCCACGGCAACAACUCCAACAACAGCCAUCAGCCAUUCGCCACGAUUCUCGAAUCCCACCAAUUACCCACCAACCGAGAGAUCCAACUGAUCUUCAACGACCGCCCCGCCAAUGAUUCCCACGCCCUCUCGACCAACCUCUCGACCAUGACCUGGCCCGCAGCCGCGGGCAACACAGUGGACGUCGCCUUCUCCCUUUUGGCCCUGCACCACCUCGACCGCGUCACCCCAGUGCCCCGCGAGGGCCCCAUCCCAACGCACGAGGUCCUGCAAGCGGAACUCCGCGCGCAAGCUUACGCCGAUCUGCUUGCCUUCCUCAAGCACCGGGCGCGUGAGAUUGUCCCAGGUGGUGGCCUGGUUCUCUCAUUAGUAAGGCAGGAGCUCGGCCCCAACGGCGAGGAGAUGGUUAACUACGCGGCGCCCGUCAAUGCGUGCCGGUCGGUGUGGAUCGAGAUGCUGCAGCAGGGAGUGUUGAAUCCGGCUGUUGCUAACGUGUUCGAAGUGCUGGCGUAUAACCGGACGAUGGCGGAUGUGCAGCGCACGCUGGCCGAGUCAGCUGUUGGAGAGAAAUGGACGGUCGAGGAGGUGUUCGAGAGGUGCGUGCUGCAUCCGGCGAUGGAGGAGGUGAGGAUUCGCAAGAACAAAUCGCCUGAGGAGGACGAGGCGCAUACGACUUGGUAUGCGAAGACGGUCGUGGACUGGCUUAUGGCUGUUGUGGCGGGGUAUUUUGUCAAGGCGUUGAAGGAUGGCAUGGGCAUUGAGGAGCCCAAGGUCGUUGAUGCGCUGUUAAAGGAGUGGGUGGACCGGACCACCGUCAAGUUCUUGGAGAGCCAUCGCGAUGAGGAGGUCCCUUGUUGGUUCGUUUAUGCGCGGUUGAACAGGAAGUAA